CCACUGCUAUUCUUCUUCUUCACUUCAGUUUAAUUCAGACCUAACUCCUCGGCUCCUCUGUUCAGAUCAUACAAAGACACAUUCCUAGCAUUGUUGAUUCCUGAGUAUUCAAGAACAGAAGAGGGAAGUUUGGGGGUAUUGAAAGGCAUACCAGCUCAGAGACACCGGGUCAACUCAGAUUUGUUGGAGUCCUGCAGUUCUACUUUAUUGGAUAAGGUGAUGACUGAACUGUCCCCUGUUUUCCUUAGCAUUGGUUGCUUUGAGGAGUAAAUUUGAGGGUGGAAGAUAACCAAAAUGUUUCUCAAAGUACAGUUGCCUUGGAAUGUCAUAAUCCCUGCCGAAAACUUGGAUGCGAAAGGAUUGCUGCUCCAACGGUCAAUUAUUAUUCGCCUGUUGGAGGACUUUGCUGCUAGAAAGGCCACUAAGGAUCUUGGAUAUUAUCUUGCAGUCACAACUCUGGAGAGCAUAGGAGAGGGGAGAGUUAGACAGCAAACCGGAGAUGUAAUGUUUCCAGUUGUUUUUAGUGGAAUCACCUUCAAGCUUUACAGAGGAGAGAUUUUAGAAGGGGUUGUCCAUAAGGUGCUGAAGCAUGGGGUCUUCUUGAGGUGUGGACCGGUGGAAAACAUAUAUCUCUCUCAUCUGAAAAUGCCAGGUUACAGCUAUAUGCCUGGGGAGAAUCCAGUGUUCAAUGACAAGGUUUCGAGGAUUGAAAAAGACAUCGUGGUUCGUUUCAUUGUUAUUGGAACAAAAUGGCUGGAGGCGGAAAGGGAAUUUCAAGCAUUGGUCAGUUUGGAGGGACAUUAUCUGGGACCAGUUUCGUAGUGUUGAUGAUACUGCCUUUGCCUUUACCUUUUCAUCUGGGAUCAAAUAUGUUUAUAAGCCUUGUUGAUACUCAUGCUGCUUGGAUACUACUAUUUCUUCUCCAAUUAACUUCUUUGAGUUCUUGUAACAAAGUAGUUGGCAUUUUGACAUAUUGUUGGUAGUUAGUUGCAACUUUUUCCGUUAGCAGGUGUCCACUUGUGCAAAUUAAUCAAGGGUGCAUCCUCUGUGAAGUUUGCUGGAAUAUUACUUCAGUUUCCAGAACACCUCUGUUGUUCAGGAUUUUAGACUUGUGUCUCGAUGGUAAACUUUGGAAUUGCAACAGCUCAUGGAACCUACAACAAGAAUGUUACAGACAGCUUGCAUUCAGUUUUGAGAGACUUUCUUGAUUCAUGACGUUGUGAACUUGUAGGCUUAAGCAGUAAAGUCCCACAUUUUUUAGUCGUGAUGUUUUGAUUUAUGUAAUCGACCUUUUUCCAUUUAGUUCUGUGGCGAUUAGUUCCCUAA